AAUUUGUAUUUUAAACUCCAAAAUGAACAUGAAUUACAACAAUAAUAUACCUUAUGAGGCGAACUACAAUGAUGAGAUGAUGGGCAUGCAGCAGAUGGGCAUGCAAGGGGCCAGCCAAGGACUCAUGCCGAUGAACAUGCCCAUGAGUAUGCCAGCACCUACGGGCAUGCCGCCAAACCAAAUGCAGCUGCCCAUGGGCAAUAACAUGGCGCCGAUGAUGCCAAUGCCGGCUGGUGGGCAAAUGUGUGCCCAACCGAUGCAGCGGACUAUGAUGCAGUCACAGCCAAUGGCAAUGAUGCCCGCAAUGCAAGCGAUGCAGGGCAUGCCACAGAUGCAGCCGACACAGACCAAUCAAGUGUCCAUGUCGAUGUCACAGCUACCGCCGGGGGCUGUGACGCCCUUGAGCAGUGUCUCGGUGAUGCCACUGAUGGGCGGCGGUGCUGGUGCCAUCGAUGGCGGUGGCAUGAAUGUGGUUGUGCCCGGCUUGCAGCCAAUGUCCGCCAUGACAUCCCAAUUGAAUGCCAAUAAUCAGGGGCAACAUAUGCAUCAUGGUCGAAUGGCUGGCGGCGAUUCUGCUGACGGUCAGUCCAAUUGGAAUGCUGCCAACCAAAUGAUGCCCAACAAUAUGUGGAACUAUGCUCAGGUGUAUCCAAAUGUGCAGCAACAACCACAGCAGCAGCACCAUCAACAGCAACAGUUCUUUCAGCACCUGCAACAGCAGGAGAUGCAAAAUCAACAGCAACAACAACAACAGCGUAUGAAAUCAAAUUAUAACUAUGGCGGCAACAAUAACAACUAUAGGGAGGCUGCUCGCAAUGGCUUAAACUCACCAUCAAUACACUCAUUAAGAUUGAGAGCUAGCAAUGGAUGCAUAUCUGGCAAGAAGAUUUCGCAUUGGCGCUAAUGUCUCGAGUUUGUGUUGUAUUUGUUCCUAUGAUUUUCGAUAAUGUAAAAUUUUCCGUGUUAUUUGCACAUCAAUUGAGUUUGUAUAUAGUACUCGGUUUGUAUGAAUAUAGUCUGAGAAUAAGUUCA